AUGGUCUCUAGUGCAACGGACAAAGGAAAAGGUCGGGCGCUUACCGAAGACCUCGACGACGAAGAGAACCCCAUUCACGUUUCAGCCGACGACUCCAGUAGCUCAAACUCAGCUAGCUCCACCUCAGAUUCAGACUCGGACUCGGACUCGGACUCAGAGUCUUCUACGUCUUCGGGAUCUGACUCUGAAGACAAUGUCACAGAAGAAUUCCUAGAGUCCCUGCUCAACAAGGCUCGCCAAAACGCCCGGGCGAAAGCAAAAGCUGCGGAGAGUGGAGGCGGAGAAGAGGAUUUCAUCAAACUGGGUGGGGACGACGACGAUCAGGAAGAAGCGCCAUUACCACCUCUCGACACCAGCUCCCUGCCUUCUCUAUAUAUUACUCUACCCGAAAAACGCGGUGAAGGAUCCGCAACCCUUCAUGACCCAGACGUAGAACGGGUGCAAAAAGCUGCAUCCUCGAUUACCGCUCCUUCAGCCCCCGCCCCUCCACCCACGGCGACAAAGGACAGUAAAAAGCUCACCAAAAAGGAGCUCAAGAAGGUCCGUACAUCUAGACUGCAUGUAUGCCCAACUAAACAGCAGAAGCAAAAGACCGCUGGUCCCGGGUGGUUCGACCUCCCAGCACCUCCCGAGUCUGAGCUUCCUAGGCUCUACCGCGAGGUGGAAGCACUGCGCCUGCACAAGCAGCUCGACCCGAAGCAGUUCUAUCGCAAAGACCCGGGUGAAGGCAAGGGCAUCAAGGGUCUCCCGAAGCACUUUGCCAUUGGCACUAUCCUCCCAACGGACUCGCCGUUUGGCGGCGCACGCCCAGAUAACCUGCCGCGUUCGAGCCGGAAGCGCACGUUGGUGGACGAGCUUGUGGACGACGCAGAGGCCAAAAGCUACGCUAAGAAGAAAUUCAAGGAGCUUCAGACUGUGCGCGGGGCGAAGGGGAAGGGCACCCUUGCCGCGAAGAAGGCACUCCGAAAACCCAAAUGGUAG